GGUUGCCCGUUAUCUUGAUUAGACGACGAAACUAUAUAUUUCGUUGCCCUUGUAUAAUAAAUUGCCCAAUUCAAAUUAUGUCUCGUUGCACAAACUCAACAAAAAAAAGUUGAAAAGAAACCCACAAUAAUAUUUUCCCACGAAAUCACGUAUUUCACUCUUUCAAGACUCCAACUUCUCAUCCUGUAAAAAAAAAAAAAAAUUCAACUGCUCAUCUCCUCCUCAACUCACAGUCUCACACCCUCUCCGGUCCGCCUUAACACUCGCACGUCUCGGGCAAAUCUGCUGAUGUCCGACGACUUCUCCGACACUUCUUGUCGCCGGUGAAUCUGCUGUUGUCCGUCAACUUCACUUUCGCUCCGAUUUCGCUGCUGUCUGGCGCGGCGAGGCAGAACCACCGGCGCUCCCUCUCCUCUCGUUUACUGGUUUUCAGUGCUGUAUGCACUCGGCGAAGAUGUAGAAUAAAGGAAACUCAAAGUUGAGGAGAACAAUUAUACAUCCAGGUCUUGGCAUAGGAAGCUGAAAAUUCUCCAGCUUUCCUUUUGGUGUUCUCUUGAAAGACUUUGUCAGACAGGUGCUAGGAGUGACAUCAAAAAUAACACAGGUGAAGAAAUCUUUAGAUUCGGUUCUUCUCUUGGAAUUUGGUGCUAUUGUGCUUCUAUUGGCAAGGUCAAAGUUUUUUGAGUCUUCUCUCUAGAAAGGAACAAUGGGUCGUGACUAUCUUCCCAAAUUAGCCAAGGGAAACUAUAUGAAGUAUGACAAGGCUUGAAUUAUGUGAAUUUCUUUGUAGAUUUAGGUAGUAUUAAUUAGUUUUUUUUUUUAGAUUUACUUUAAAUUUUGUAAGAUAUUCAAAUUAAGUCGAAUAUUGAAUUUGAAGAUUAUUUUUACUCCACCGGUUGUCUACAAUUUUCUAUUCCAUGAAUACUUCUUUUUAUUAUAUUAUACUUUUGUUUUUAAUAAGUUUAUAUACUUAUAUAUGAAAUUUUGGGCAACUAAUUAGGUAUUUUACAUUGUUAUUUGAAUAAAACGUGAAAUUUAAAAUUAUGUAAAACAAUUCGUAGCCCAAAGUACUUUGGGCAAUGAAAUUGUUGUUGCCCAAGAUAGCAUUCUGGUAAAGUUAUAACACACAAUGGGCGACGACAAAUAGUGAUUGUUGCACAAAGUUCUAUAAUAUGGGCAACAAAAGUUAAGUUGUCGUUGCCAAUACUGUGUCAUGUUUAGGCAACGAUAUAAAAAACUCGUAGCACAAAUUAGCAUUAUGAGCAACGAAAACAUUUUGAUGCCCAAACUAUAGUUUGUGCAACGAACGUGAUAUUCGACGCCUAAAAUGGAAAGGGCGUCGAGCCUUAGACGACGAAAUUGGCGUGCAAAGAUAUCGUUGCCCAAACCUUUGUGCAACGAAAUUGUCCCAUUGGGCGACGAAUAUUUUUGUUGCCCACUCUAGAGGCUAAGAAAAACUCUGACCGGGAAGAUCCCGUAGAAAUCAUUCCGGAGGAAUCAGACAAAGAGGGUUUGGCUGAACUGUAUAUGCCACCCAGUGAGCCCGAUAGUGCUACAGCUGUGCAGGUAGAUGGGGGUUGGGCCGACAUCUGCCGGGGAAAUAAGUUUCUUAUAAAAGGACCCGAGUACUUUGCCUUUCCGGAUGAAUAUAAGUUAGUCCUUUCGGCAGAAGGGAGCUGUGUAACCGAUUGUCCUGCCGGUCACGUAGCUAUCUAUGCCCACAUGCUGGACUUUGGGCUGCGAUUUCUCUUGGACCCAUUUUUUGUCAAGGUUUUCCGGGCAUGGAACAUUUGCCUAGCCCAACUAACUCCCCUUGGAUGGCGGAAUUUAAUGGCCUAUGCCUGGGUGGUACGUUAUAAAGGCUUCCCGGAGACCUUGAACCUUUUUCAUAAACUGCACUGGAUCAUGGAGGAUGGCUCAGCCAAGGGAAUAGGGAUCGGGAGAAAGAGAAGGUCCCGGGCCGAUGAAGCUGACGGCCGGGGAGGCUGGAUGUCCCUAUAUACAAAAGCCGGCAAACUGACAGUGUAUCCCAAGCCUACCUCUCUCAAGCAUUGGAGAGAGAGGUUCUUCUAGGUGCGGGUUCCUAACAACUUUCCCCUUCGCCGGCAAUGGACGAAGUCGCGUUCUCGGAUGGAACACAUCCCUGAUCGAGGCUUGACGCGUCGGGAGAGGGAGGCCUACGACUUCUUUGCUUCUUCCUCUAUACCGGCUCUGAGGGGCAAGAAGCAGAUAUCAAUGUCCAAACACUGGCUACCCCACGCCUCUUACAUUUUUAGCAACCCUGCCUUAUCGGCUCUAGGCUUCUACCGUACGACCCUUAUGGUGGGUAUAUGUAUAUACUUGUAUCUGCUUUUGUUUAGUUUUUCUUUUCCUUGAAUUUUACUAAUUGUGAUGCCUUACUUGACUGUUUAUUUCCAGGCCGGGAUUUUUUGGUACGCGAAGCCCUACACGUCGAUCACCGCUACCGCCCCUUAAGCAAUAUGCCUCCCAAGCCAGCCCGUCAAUUUACUCCCAUCCCAGCACCCGCUGGUGGCCGAGGAGCUGGCAGGGGCUCCAGCCCUAAGGAGGACGACAAGGACUCCAUGCCCCUGGUCCAACGUAGGUCCAACCUGGCUCCUCAAAAGAGGAAGGCCGAAACGGCCAAAGAGCAGCCAGCGGCAAAAAAGGCGCCAACCAAGGUCGCUCCGACUGUCGUGAUCCCUGAGUCCGUCAGUCUCAUUUCUGGCCGGGUUGCCGAGGUCGGCAGCUCCUCACUGCGGCCAAAGAUCUACAAGCAACUAACCCUGCCAGUAAUGGUGCCACGAUUAGAAUCCUUUGCCAAGCCGCGAAAGGUCGGCUAUCUGGAGCGUUCCCGGCUCGAGCUGCCGGAGUUGCUGAAAAUGCACUGGUCUUCUCCGGUAAAGGACGGUGAGAAAUUUGAGCCUAAGCUCAAUAUCCUGGAUGAUGAGUCCUUGUUGUUGGACCGUCCUUUGGAGGGCGGGAACCUGGGUUACCGUCUCUUGAAUGCGACCCAGCUGAAGUUCGAUAUACCGGUGGACGAGGUCCAGGCUCCUGCUGCGGUGCACGCACAUAAUCUGGCCUUGCCAGCUCAAUUUGGUAAGGAACUUCGUGAUCUCUACCGAUAUUUCCAGACUUCUUACUUUCAAGAGGUACGGGAUCACAAAGAGCUGAAGUGUAAAAUGGUCGUUAAGGAGUAGGAGCUGCUGGCGGCCCAGACUGAGAUGAAUGACGCCUUGGCUGCGGAGAAGAAGGCGGAUGAGGCUCUCACCAAGCAGUAAAGGAUCACUCCUUGGUUUUGGCCAACAAGGAUCAGGAGAUUUGUCUUCUUCGCGAUCAGAUUGUUGAGGCCAAGACCCUUGAGCGCGAGGCCUUCAAGGAGUAUCAGAAGUCCAUGGACUUCGUGUCUCGCUUGCUCAACCGAUACAACGGUGGCUGGUCGGCCGCCAUGAGAUGUAUCCGCAACAACUUUUCGGACUUUGACUGGUCCAAAAUUGAGGUGGCUCAUCUACGUGGCGACUUCGAGCUCCCGGUGGAGGGCGAGGUCUUGGAUAUCGGCGUGACUGAGGCCGAUAUUGCCAACGCUGAUCCCAGGGCCGAGUUCGCGGAGGAUUAGGGGACCGUCGAUGCUGCUGCGAAUGCUGAAGGGCAAGUAAUUGCCAACCCUUCUACCGGCGUUGAUAAGCCGGAGGAGCCGGUUGUAGUGGUCGACGGCUCUAAGGAGGAAGAGCACGUUAAGUAGAAUUCUUACUUUUUUUUCCUACUCCCUUUGUGAACCUGGUCGCCUGUGGCCGGUAGUCUUCUUCUGCAGUCUGGUCGCCUGUGGCUGACUGCUUAGUUUUAGGGUUGUAAUCUUUUUUACUAUGAAUGCAAUCGCCACCUUUUU